AUGAAAGCUUGUUACUCUCGAGACCGGUUAAAUGACACUUCAUAUGAUACCAUGGCUAUGGUCAUCAUCUCACUUCAGACGUUCACUGGCAUGUGGAUAAAUGCUUUCAUCGCUUCUGUGCUUUGCAUUGCUUGGGUGAAAAAGAAAAGUUUUAGCUCUAAUGAGAAGAUCUUGCUGGUUUUGGGAUGCUGCAGGUUUUGGUAUUUGUGCAUUACAUGGGUGCAUUCCUUACUUUCAAUAAUUUAUCCACGGUACUUUUAUAUUCACCCAGUACCCCAACUAUUGACAUCUAUUCAAAGCUUUUUAAAUUUUUCUAACUUGUGUGUUUCUGCCUGUCUUUGUAUUUUUUAUUGUAUAAAAAUUGCAAAUUUCAGACACAUCUUUUUCAUCUACCUGAAAGGAAAAAUUGACAAGACCGUGCCGUGGCUGUUGUUGGGUUCAGUGCUUUUAUCCCUGGUCAUCGGCAUUCUUGUCUACCGUACCACCGAUGAAGCACUCUGUAGCAACCACAAUGCCACCACCAGAGGAAAUUUCUGGAAAAUGAAUAUCAGAAUGGAUGAACACUUUUUCCCUGUUUUUUUUCUCUUUGGCUUUGGAUUUGCCACCACAUUCAUAGCAGUAAUCUCUUCUGCUCUUCUCCUCCUCUUUUCUCUCUGGAGACACAAAUGCAAGAUGCAGACAGACUCAAGGAAGAACAUCAGCACGGAUGCCCAUGUCAAAGCCAUAAAAUCGAUUCUGUCCUUUUUCAUCCUUUACAGCAUUAACUUUACAUGUUUGAUCUUGUCAAUGAUUUAUGCCACAAAGAAGGUAAAUCCUGUGGCGUUUCUCAUUUUAGUAUUUCAGUACGCUUUUCCAGCUGUUCAUUCCCUUGUUUUAAUUUUCAGCAAUCCCCAACUGGAAAAGACACUGCGAAGGACUCUGUCUUGUGUGAAGUGCAAGGUUUGCAUGAGGUAG